CCGCAGACCUGGCCCUGGGUGGAGGCCAAGAGUCUGUGCAAGUUGGCACCCUUUUUGCUCCCUUUCCCAUCCCCAUCUUUCGUCCACCCCUCCCCCCUCUCGCCGCGGACCCCAUCCGCCGCCCGCCGCCGCCGCCGUUGACACUACCCGCGAAUCUCCUUCUUCCGAGUGGUGGAGAGGAGACAUGGCACUCCGGAGGCUGCUUCAGGGGAUUGUCCUACCGCGGACGACGGGCCGGCAUGUUGGGGCAUCGUUUUCCACGGAGGCUGGGGAGACUAUCCGCGCAACCCUGUUUCCUGGUGAUGGCAUCGGGCCUGAGAUCGCCGAGUCGGUCAAGCAGGUAUUCAAUGUUGCAGGUGUACCGAUAGAAUGGGAAGAACAUUAUGUUGGUACGGAAGUUGAUCCCAGAACAGAGAGCUUUUUGACAUGGGAGAGCCUGGAGUCGGUGCGUAGAAACAAAGUUGGCUUGAAAGGUCCUAUGGCUACACCUAUUGGAAAAGGCCACCGUUCUUUGAAUCUUACAUUAAGGAAAGAACUUGGACUCUACGCCAAUGUCAGACCUUGCAACAGCCUCCCAGGCUACAAGACUAGAUAUGAUGAUGUGAACCUUGUGACAAUCCGUGAAAAUACUGAAGGAGAGUAUAGUGGCCUUGAGCAUCAGGUUGUGAGGGGUGUUGUGGAAAGUUUGAAAAUUAUUACCCGCCAAGCAAGUUUGAGAGUGGCAGAGUAUGCUUUCCAUUAUGCCAAAGCCAAUGGCAGGGAGAGGGUCUCUGCGAUACAUAAAGCUAAUAUCAUGAGGAAAACAGAUGGACUUUUCCUCAAGUGUUGCCGUGAAGUAGCUGAGAAGUACCCUGAAAUCACAUAUGAGGAAGUCAUUAUUGACAAUUGCUGCAUGACACUCGUGAAGAAUCCUGGUACAUUUGAUGUAUUAGUGAUGCCAAAUCUGUAUGGUGACAUUAUUAGUGAUCUAUGUGCUGGUUUGAUUGGAGGCUUGGGCUUAACUCCCAGCUGCAACAUUGGUGAAGGUGGCAUUUGUCUGGCAGAGGCUGUUCAUGGUUCUGCACCUGAUAUCUCUGGCAAGAACCUUGCAAACCCAACUGCUCUUAUGUUGAGUGCUGUUAUGAUGUUGCGCCACUUGCAAUUCAAUGACCAAGCAGACCGGAUCCACAAUGCCAUCCUCCAGACAAUUGCCGAGGGGAAGUACAGAACCGCUGAUCUUGGUGGGAAGUCAUCAACGUCAGACUACACAAAAGCAGUUUGCGAUCAUAUCUGAGCACCAGCUGCUCUUUCUCUCGAUUAUUUGUCUCCCACCUAAUUUUGUUGCAUACCGGGAGCUUUAGCCUGAGUAGGUAAGUGGCAGGCACCUCGAUUUCCUUGGGUGUUGAGACACCGUUUAAGGCUCCUGAAUAAUCCUCGCAUUCUUGUCCUUGGAAAAGUUUUACCAGCAUUGCAGUCAAGCUGAAGAAUCGUCUGUAAUAAUCAUUGGCAGCAUCAGCGCAUAUAAUUUGUUUGUUCUAGUUCUUA